UCGUCUGGCAACGCUACGAAAACUUUACAAUUUAAAAAGUUGGCAGCACAAUCUUCUUUUCAUUAGUCUUUUUCUCUGAAGAAGUCUUUGAUUCAUUACUUUAUUUUCUGCAAGUUCUGUUUUUUUUAAUUCUGUUGGUCUUUUCUAUUAAUUAUGAAUGAAGAAAAUGAAAAUUAUGCGGAAAAUGUACAUCAAAACAUGUGCAAGGACGAUGAAAUCAAAAAACUGAAGAGGGAACUGUCCUACAUGAUCAAGAAACUAAAUUACAAGGAGGAACUGAUCAAUUCUCUUAAGGAGUCCAUUGCAACCUAUAAGGAAUCAGGCUCAAUCGUAAGCAAGUCUCAUGACCUGCACAUCAAGCUUCUUCAGGACAAUAGUAACCAACUGAAAAUGGCCUUAACUGAGUUGCACUCCCAAAUGAAUACUCAAAAGAAGCGCAACGGGGAACUAGUUUCUGAAAAUGCAAUGCUAAAAGCAACUUUGGCCAGUUUGCAAGCCAAUUCAAAUCAAUAAAUUGCUCUUUUGUUUCGUUGCAACUGCUUCUGCGAAUAUAACUUAUGCACUAUGGAAUGUGACCAUGGGCUAAGCACCACGAUCGGUCAAUAUCUUCCUCCGACAGGGUUCUAUCUGCCGAUGCUAUUUGCCAUAAUAAUGAUGUUCAAACUGGAAAACGAUUAUAGAAUUUUAUGUAAUUUUUUAAUUUUGUCAUGAUUUGUAUGAAAAAAUAUUGACAAUGUUGGCAGCAUACUA